GCGAAUAGUCACAGCCAACAAAAAAUAUAAACAAAAACUUAACCUUAAUUUAGUUAAUGUUUAUAUUAACGGACAAGAAAAAGUGGAUAUUAAUUUCGUUUUAACAUUGAUUAUUAAUGGUUUGUAAAGGUGAACCGUAAAAAUGGAUAAUCCAGGUAAUAGUUUAUUUCAAAAUACGGAAAUAAAUUUGAACAACUCUAGAAAUGAAGAGGAAGAAGAGGAUUUGGAGGAUCAGAAGCGAAGAAAUGAAGAGUUACAAAAUUUAGUGAGGACAAAAUUAGACGAUUUCAGUUACGAUGAAAGCACAGUAAAUUCUUCAAUAGUUUCGACGAUUUCAUACGAUGAGACGCAAAAAAAAUAUUUAAACGCCAAUAAUCACCAAGAACAAUUACAAUUAUUGUAUGAUAUAAGACUCAGGGAAUUGCAAGCUUUAAAGGAAGAACAUAAGGAAACUGUUGAAAAUAUGACUAUUAAUAUGGAUGCUAUGAAAAAGAAAUUGAUACUCACAGAAGCUGAAUUAAAUCAACUUAAAAUCUCGUAUAAAAAUAGUGAAUGUUUAUUAGUUGAAAAAACUGGUGCUCUUAAAGAAUUAACAUCAGUAUUAGAAAGUAAGGAAAAUCAAAUUGAAGAAUACAAAAAACUUAUCGAUAAUAUGAAUUUAGAAAUUUCUACAUACAGGUCGACUAUAAAUGACCUACAUUUGAAAUUACAAGGGGAUAGGAAUCCGUUUAGUAAUGCAAAUAAACAAUUUAACAGCGAGGAAUAUAAAACGGCCGUUCAAGAAAAAGUUGGGAAAUUGGAAGCUUUAUUAGAAGAAGAAACAAAAACAGUCAAACUAUUGGAAAAAGAAAAUAUUACACUCAAAGAUGAAUUAACAAAAUUGAUUUCGUCCAAAAACAAUGACGCAAAUUUAAUGAAGGCUUUGACGAAAAAUUUUGAAAGUGCUCAGCAGCAGUGCGAGGAAUUAAUUGAUGUAGUGGAAACUUUAAGUAAUGAAAAUAAACAUUUGGAGGAAAGAUUAACAAAUAUUUAUAAUACAUCUGGUAAUGAAAAACUUCCUUUGGACAAUAACAAUUUAACACCAAACAAAGAUAAAUUGAAGAAACUUUUAGUGGAUAAGUCGUUUCAAAUCAAUAGUUUGCAUGCUAAAUUGAGAAAUUACGAAGAAAAUAUGAAAGAAUUAUUGGAAUACAGAAAAUUGAAAUCGGAUUCUUACCAAAAAGAAUUCAAACAAUGCGAUAAUGAAGAUCACACGAAAAAUUUGAUUUUGAUGCAAAACGAUCUACGAAAUUAUAAAAGAAUGAUCGAAGACAAAAACCAACAAAUCCUCAAUUUGAACAGCACCAACAAAGACCUUUUGGCUAAAAUGGAAGAAACUCUAUCCCAAACUCGAAACGACAUCAAGAAUUUCUCCAGCAAAUACAGUUUACCCCAAUUGGAAAAAAUGGCGGAAGAUUUGAAAGCUUCCGAAUACAAAAUUGCAUAUUUAGAAGAAAAACUGAAACAAGCCGAAGAUAACAAAGAAAGUGAAUUAAAAAAUGAGCUCGAGACACUAAAACAAACCGUCGAUAAAGAGAGGACGAACCUCAAAAACGAAAUAAAUAAAUUGAAACAAGAAUUGGAAAUAUCUUCUGAGGAAUUGAAGAAUUUGAAACGGUACGCAGACGAAUUGGUUAACGAAAACGUCCAACUGAAAUCUUCAGUUAAAUCCGAAGAUCACUAUCUGCAAUCAGUGGAAGCCCUUCAAAACGCCCAAGAACAGUUGAGGUUGUUGCAGGAAACCGUCGACGAAUUGACCAAUUUGAAAACUAUCGCCGAAGGCGAACGGUGCACUUUCGAAUUUGAAAAUAAAAGUUAUAAACAGCAGUUGGAAAAUUGUCAGAAUUAUGUAGAACGACUCGAAACGGAAUUGGAAGACGUUGUGAUGAAAUUGAAGGCGAAAGAAGAUUCGAUAAAAAAUUUACAAGAAACGGUUAAGGAGUUGAAAGAAGAAAUCGAUGUUGGUAGAAAGAUGAAAAUUCAAUUAAAACAUAUGAGCGAAGAAAUUAAAACCAAAGAACAAAUUAUAGAACGUUUGAAUGAAGUGGUAGAAAGUUUAGAAGAAAAAUUGAAAAAUUCAAGGGAAGACAAAAUUGAAGAAAAUCUAGGGGACGAAGUAGAUACAGUUGAUAACGAAAAUGCAGUUAAAACAGAUUUUGCAGCAGAAUUGAAAGCGAUAGAGGAAGAAGAAUUGGAAAAACAUAAAGAAGCCGAUAUUUUAUCAAUAGAAAUAAAACUACGAGAAGAAAUUCAAGAAGAGUAUUUCAAAAGGCUGAAAGAUGUCGAAGAAAAAUACCAAAAAUUAUACAGAUCUAGUAAAGACGUUCGUAAAGAACAAGAAGAGAAAUUAAGAAUACAAGAAAAUAAAUUCAGGGAACAUUUAGCGAUGGUGUUGAGAGAAUGUACUCAAAAAAUUAAAGAGUACGAAGAAGGUAAUCAAGAUUUGAUUAAGCAAUUGAGACAAUUCCAGGGUCAAAAUAACGAAUUUAAACAACUUAUUCAACAGAAAGAUGCGAGUUAUACAACUUUGAUAAAAGAAAUACAGUCAAAUAGUCAGAGGGAUAGUGAAAGGUGGAAAUUGUGGUCACAAAAAGUGUUAAGUAACUGUUUGAAAAUAGAAGCGACUAAUAAGAAAAGUAGAGACAAUAUUUUAUCUAAAAUGAAAGAUUAUGAUUCAGAGGUCGCAGCAGUUGAAAAAUCUUAUGAAAAGAUAACAAAAAUGAUUACAGCAAGGAAAUAAUAUUGAAUGUAGAAUUAUAAUCUAAUGUUGUCGUUUAUCAAUUUAAUAUACAAAACUUUAAUUUACUGAAA